UUUUCUACAAAUUACAUAAAACCUUUACGAAACUGACGUUUUACAUUUUUCGAUCUAUGACACAUUCUAUCUGCUACAAAUGUUUCUACUGUCAUCAUCAACGUAGUACACAAAAUAUUACCUAUUUUAACUGAAUGAAUAAUUUCGCCGAAAACUCAACAUGGAUGCGUCAGUAAGGAAAAGUAAAGUUUCAAUGAUGGCGGUGAAAAGCACUACGCAAGCGAGAUCUAUGGCCAAUGUAGCUACUAAGUCCAUGAGUAGAAUAAAAGUCCGAAAACAGUCGUAUGGAUUUUCUGGGGUGGCUGGUAUUGCACCCGUUGGGGGCCGGAGUUCGCAGUCCGGCUUAGAGUUCAAGCGUCCAGCUUUGAUAUUUCUUAAUACAUAUCAACUGGAUUCUCACUUUAAAUUUAGUGUGCCGGCUGUUAGGAAAGUCAUAGAUCAUGUGCUUGACGAAUACUUUACAGAGCACAAAUAUAAUCUCCAGGAAUCCCCAGCCGCAACGAUGCUUAUAGCUGGUGAAAUAUUGCGUGACGUUAAAGCUUUGGGAUUCAAUCGCUAUAGAAUCCUUUCUGUGGUUACCAUGGGACAGAAGAGGUCACAGUGCUACAACAAUGCUGUCGCGUUCCUAUGGGACCACGAGAGAGACAACUACGUCAACACACAUAGAGAGGUCACCUCUGCUUUCAUUCAAGUCACUGUUUUUGGGGUAUACCUUGACUGAUCUUAUUUAUAGAUAUCCUCGAACAUAUGUGCUCCUGGUACC